ACAUCAUAAAGUCUUUGUCCAAGGACUUGGACUGUCCCAGACUGUCUCAUCCAAGAACAUGUCCCGUCCCAGUCACAACACUGCAUCCACGUGGUGCUAGUCACCUGACUUCGGAGGCGAAAUUCAGCCAAAAAUUUGUUUACACUCCUUUUGCAUGGGAAGCAGCCGGUCUUCCAAUGAAAAAAGGGACGUUCAAGUUGAACAGUUUUGAAGAGAAAAAGAAGGUUAGCAAUAAAGCUCUUGAAGAAAUUUCAGUCUCAUCCAAUCAAGCACAGAGUAUUGGAAAGUUGAAAGGGAUUACUGAGAGACUAAGAUCCUGCCCAAUAUUCUACAUUUCAACUGAGAUGCAGUAUGAUGACAGUUCCUAG